AACUGUCUCCACUUUGGGGAUCUGUCUGCAGUUAGUCUACCCUUUGCCCUAAAGAAGCAACACUCUUUCUAUUUUCCAAAAUUGUUAGAACCUACGUCUUUUAAAUUUGCUCUAUUUGUCUUCUCCUUCACUUCUCCUUCAACUAAAAAGCUAACCUGACGUGCGCAAGGUCGGACUUACCAGGAAACCAGACAUUGCUCAACCCGAAGAUGGCGUCCACACGAAUGUUCAACGCUUUUGCCCGCAAUCGCAGUGUUUACCGAAGGUUCCAGGGUUCCUGGAAGAAUUACGACCCUUUCAGCGGACCGCUUUUUAGUUUUAGACAAACACAAACAUUCCAAAUCAUCAGAGGAUUGGCCGGCAUAUCGGACACGAGGGCCGUGAUCAAGGGCGUGGUGGUGGGCGUUUACUCCAAGGAGGGCGAUGGCAAGGAGGUCAAGAUGACGUCCAGCGGCGAGAAGUUCGACGACCGGACAUCGGGCAAGGUAUCCGAGCUGAUCCGCGAAACCGCGAUCAAGGGCGAUUUGGGCAAGGGAAAGGUCUUCAUGAACGUGGAUGCGGAAUUCCGGGCAGUGGCGGUCGUGGGUUUGGGCCAAGAAGGCGCCGGCUACAAUGACCUGGAGAACAUCGACGAGGGCAUGGAGAAUGCCCGCGUGGCCGCCGGCGUGGGAGCCCGGGCUUUGCAGCUCCAGGAUUGCACGGAGGUGUUUGUGGACUCCAUGGAGUAUCCGGAACAGGCGGCGGAGGGCAGUGCCCUGGCCAUUUGGCGAUACAACAGCAACAAGCGCAAGCAGGAUCGCACCCAGAUCCCCAAGCUGGAUUUGUACGACUCACCGGAUGUGGAUGCCUGGACGAGGGGACUCUUCAAGGCGGAAUCGCAGAACUUGGCCAGGCGAUUGAGCGAUGCUCCGGCGAAUCAGAUGACCCCCACCAUAUUCGCCCAGUCGGCAGUGGAUGCUUUGUGUCCUUGCGGGGUUUCCGUGGAGGUGCGCUCCAUGGAUUGGAUAGAAACGAACCAUCUGAACUCCUUUCUGAUGAUCGCCAAGGGAAGCUGCGAGCCGCCAGUGGUCCUGGAGGUCAGCUACUGCGGCACCUCGCCGGAGGACAGACCCAUCCUGCUGCUGGGCAAGGGAUUGACCUACAACAGUGGCGGCUUGUGCCUGCGGCCCAAGAAUUGCCUGCACAUGUACAGGGGUUGCAUGGCGGGUGCGGCUGUUUGUGUGGCCGCCAUUCGAGCGGCGGCGGCCUUAUCCCUGCCCGUGAACAUCUCCGCCGUGCUGCCGCUCUGCGAGAACAUGCCAUCCGGAAUGGCCGUUAAGCCGGGCGAUGUGGUCACCCUGAUGAAUGGCAAGACGCUGGGCAUCGUGGACGUGAGCAAGGCCGGCACUGUGGUGAUGGCCGAUCCCCUGCUCUUUGCCCAGACCACCUACAAGCCGCGACUGGUGGUGGACUUGGCCACCGUGGGUUACGGAGUGUGCGCUGGCCUCGGCGAAUCGGCAGCGGGAUUGUUCACCAACUCCAACUUCAUUGCCAAGCAAUUCGAGAAGGCUGGCGGUCUGACGGGUGACCGGAUUUGGCGCUUGCCUCUGUGGCGCUACUUCAAGCAGCUGGUGACCCCGAAUUUAACCUUUGACAUCAGCAACAGGGGCAUUGGCCCCGCCUCCAGUUGCAUUGCUGCCGCCGUGUUGCACGAACUGGUUCCCUGUGCGGAUUGGGCGCACAUCGAUAUCCGGAAUGUGGGCAUGCUGACGCGCCACAAUCCACUGCCGUAUCUUCUAAAGGAUCGGAUGACGGGAAGACCCACCCGCACAAUCGUACAGUUCCUGUACCAGAUGGCCUGUCCGGACAGCAAGUGAUCUCCGGAUCUGGAUCGUCCGCACCUGUGGCGCUAGAUUCCAUGUUCUUCGUUUCGUUUUGCAUGUGUUUUGUGUCCAUUUAGGUGUUUGUUAUUUUUCCUAUCGAGUAUCUAUCUCCCCAUUGAUUGUCCAAAUUUAUUGUUUAGUGUUCCACGUGCAGCUGGGGAAUUUCAAACCAUAGUUUUAUGCAUUGUCCAUUUGCAACAUUUUAUUGUCGGAAAAAACAUGACUAGCUUCUAUAAACUGAAUCCCAGCUGCACCGAAUUAAAUGGUUUUAAAAUCAUGAA